GCGUUUUUUUUUAUUUUCAAAAUCAAGAAGGAAACCGAAGAAAAAGAAAGCUCUUCUUCUUUCUCUCUCUCUCUCUCUCUCCUUUCUCUUGUUUUUGAUGUUUGCUGCUAUUGAAGGAAUUAAUAAGAAACCCUAGCGAAAGAAAGAUUCAAAGAAAUGGCGUUUUUGUUGGCCGUGGAUCAAUCGUAAAACUCAAAAGAACACAAUUACUGUUUUACCCCCCCUCCUAUCUCCGGAGAAAAAAAAACUACGGUUGAUCCAAAAAUGGCUACCAAUAAACCGCCACCUGAUAACAAUCUUCAAUUCGCUAGGGUUUCGGUUUCAAUUUUAAUUUCAACUCCAACUUAAUUUAUUUAUAAAGAAAGAAGAAAAGAAGCAAAUUCAUCUAAAUCUGUGAAUAUUUUUUGUGUGCUUAAUGGCCCCAGCAAAAGGAUGUGUGAUGGUGAUGGAUAAGGUGAGGAGGUGUGUAAGGACAGUGAUAUUUAUGGUGGCGAUGGUAGCGUCGUUGCUGGUGUCGUCUAUGCCGGUAUUAGUUGCGGUUGGAGAUGUGUUAGUGCCGUCUGUGUUGGUGUCGAGUUUUAGUUGUUUGAGAUGUUAUGGAUUUAAAGAGCAUUUACGUAUAUAUGCUUUCAAGAGCUCCUUGACCGAUAUUCCUCUUGUAUCCCUUGUCAGAUCGCUUCUCAUCAUCUGUGUUUAUUUGAUGUGUGAUGCACCUGCUCUCUCACAUGGUCCUUACCUUGGAACUGUGACACUCUGUUCUAUAGUUUCAAUUCUUCUUCUUUCAGUUAAGGCUUGUGUUUUCACUAUGAAUUCUCAAAUUGAGGCUGAAGCUUCAUCCUCUCUUUCAAGGCAAAGAAUUCAUCUCAAGAAGUCAUGGGGAAUGCCUGUGUUGUUUCUUUCUUCUGUGGUCUUCGCUCUUGGUCACACUGUCAUCGCUUAUAGGACAAGCUGCAGAGCACGGAGAAAGCUUAUGUUUCACCGAGUUGAUCCAGAAGCUGUGCUAUCUUGCAAAAAUGUUUUCUCUGGUUACCAAAAGGUGCCGCGGUCUCCCACGCCUACUGCAGGAAGAACCCCAAAAAGUGACAGUGAAAUGAGACGAAAGCCCUUCGGAACAGCUCAUGAUGAAGGGGAACUGCCAAUUAGAUUGCUUGCUGACAUAGAUAGCUUAUUCAUUACUUGCCAGGGGCUUACUAUCCACUACAAGCUCUGCUUGCCUGGUUCACCUCCUCGUUCUUUAUCUUCCACUGCUUUUCUUGAACCUCCUAGCUGUAACUUGCCAAAGAUGACAGUAGGAAGGUUAAAACUUGAAAGACAACCAUUUACUGUGUUAUUGACAGCCCAGCAUAAUCUCCAUAGGAGUUAUAGCAAUCAAUUUCACAGCUCUUCCCUGUACGCUCCCCUACUGGAUGUUUCCCCAGCUUCUCCUGGUAUUUCUGAAGAUAUUCCUGUUCUGAACCUAGAUGAUGCUGUUGAAGAUAAUGAAAUGAGUAAAGUGAAUUCUGGAUGUCCUGAACAGGAUAUAGAGGAAACUGGGCAGUUUGGUAUUGUUUUGAUUCAUGGCUUCGGGGGAGGAGUAUUCUCGUGGAGGCAUGUGAUGGGGGUUCUUGCUCGGCAGGUUGGCUGCACAGUUGCUGCUUUUGAUCGGCCUGGUUGGGGAUUAACUUCUCGACCUCGCCGGAAAGAUUGGGAAGAUAAAGAACUGCCAAAUCCUUAUAAGCUUGAAACUCAGGUUGAUCUGCUUCUUGCUUUCUGUUCUGAGAUGGGAUUUUCUACAGUGGUGCUUGUUGGUCAUGAUGAUGGAGGAUUGCUUGCGUUGAUGGCAGCACAAAAACUUCGAACUUCAAUGAAUUCUUACAAUGUUACAAUAAAAGCAAUCGUACUACUAAAUGUCAGCUUGUCAAGGGAAGUAGUUCCUGCCUUUGCUAGGAUACUCCUUCGCACUUCACUUGGGAAGAAGCACCUGGUUCGUCCACUACUUCGAACUGAAAUUGUUCAAGUGGUGAAUAGGCGUGCAUGGUAUGAUGCAACCAAGCUAACAGCAGAGACUUUAAGUUUAUACAAGGCCCCACUAUAUGUGGAAGGCUGGGAUGAAGCACUCCAUGAGGUAGGUAAGCUUUCAUGUGAGACGGUCCUUCAACCACAAGUCUCUGCAUCAUUGCAGAAGGCAGUAGAAGAUAUUCCGGUGUUAGUCAUCACGGGUGCUGAAGAUGCUCUUGUCCCUCUCAAGUCCUCUCAAGUCAUGGCUUCAAAAUUUGUAAAUUCUAGACUGGUUGCCAUUUCUGGAUGUGGCCAUCUUCCACAUGAGGAAUGCCCCAAGGCAUUACUUGCAGCAAUGUCGCCGUUCAUAAGCAGACUGUUGUUGAAACCAGAUUUGGAAAAUCAAUAGGAUACCUUUGUUUUCUUAACAUAAUCUAUAGGCUUGUAUCUGUUGUAGGGGUUUUCUUCCUUCAUUUUUUUUUUCUUUUCCCUUCUUACCUCACUUUCUUCUUCCUCGUUUUGAAAGCAUUGCGCCCAGGAGGGGGACUAAUGCGGUCUCUUCUUUGGGGUAUUUUUUGGUGUUACAUUAUCUAGCCCUGAUUCCAUGGGGUUUAUAGCGCUCUCACUUGUAAUUUUCUUUUUUCUUUUUUCUAUUACAAGGUUUCCUCUUUUAAA